GACCCUAGGGCGAGCGCCAAAGAGAUUGCUUUGCAACAUGCUCGGAUUCUUCAAUACCGCAAAGAUCUAGAGCGUCAGAUUCUCGAGAGUGUCAUCCUCUUAUCCGAGUAUCCUUUGCAGAAGGGCGCCGAAUACUCCGCCUCCAACCCCGCAGAUUCCGAUGUCGCUGAUUUCAAGAGGCACGUCCGCCUCUUCCAACCCGGGGAUUACGAUGACCUCAUCGAGGAGCGCAACGCCAACCUACUCUGUGGCUACACGCUUUGCCCUCAUCCGAAGCCCCCGCCGUCCAAGGGUGGGCCUUGGAAGCUGAUCAAUGUGGGCAAGGCAAACUUCGACAUUGUCGACCGCAGGGAAUCCGAAAGAUGGUGUUCAGACGAUUGCAAAAGGAGAGCGCUCUAUGUCAAGCUACAGCUAAACGAGACUGCGGCAUGGGAGAGGGCCGGUCUCCCAGACAUCAAAAUAGAGCUUUUAGGCGAGGACGGCUCCAUUGAGCACGUCAGCAGGGAAGCUGCUCCCCGAAGAGACGACAUGCAAGAGGCGGAAAACUCAGCGGCCCUCGCCCUGGAACGAGGCGACGUCGGCACUGCCAGCAUAGUGACAUCGAUACAACAGCUUACGAUCCAAGAGAAAGAUGUCGACGCUCCUCCCAGCAUACUGGACAGUGAUUCUCGUGAGCAUGAUACCGGAGACUUUGCACACCUAAUGGUUGAGGGAUACAAG